GUCGCUGCUGGCGGCGGGGCGGUCACGGGCGGGAGGGCGGCGGUGCCGGGCUCUGCCCGCCGCGGCGGCCGCCCCGUACUGCACGGUAGCUCCGCAGCAACAGCAGCAGCAGCCGUCGCCCGACAUGAAGAGCUACCUGUGGUCGCGAUACAAGGAGGCCAAGAGAGUCGCCAAGGACUUGGUUCCUUCACUUAUGAGUAACAUGCUGAAUCCGGAUGCUAUUUUUUCAAACAAUGAAAUGAGCCUGUCAGACAUUGAGAUUUAUGGUUUUGAUUAUGACUACACAUUGGUCUUUUAUUCUAAACAUCUGCACACGCUUAUCUUCAAUGCUGCUCGAGAUCUUCUUAUUAAUGAGCAUCGAUAUCCUGCAGAAAUAAGAAAAUAUGAGUAUGAUCCCAAUUUUGCAAUCAGAGGACUUCAUUAUGAUGUGCACCGGGCUUUAUUAAUGAAGAUUGAUGCUUUUCAUUAUAUUCAGCUGGGGACAGUUUACAGAGGCCUCAGUGUUGUCCCAGAUGAAGAAGUCAUUGCAAUGUAUGAUGGUUCCCAUGUCCCUUUAGAACAAAUGAGUGACUUCUAUGGAAAGAGCUCACAAGGAAAUACAAUGAAGCAAUUCAUGGAUAUAUUUUCAUUGCCAGAAAUGACACUCCUUUCUUGUGUGAAUGAGUAUUUUCUGAAAAACAACAUAGACUAUGAGCCUGUUCAUCUGUACAAAGAUGUCAAGGAUUCAAUCAGGGAUGUCCACAUCAAAGGAAUAAUGUAUAGAGCAAUUGAAGCAGAUAUUGAGAAAUACAUCUGCUAUGCUGAACAAACUCGUGCAGUGUUAGCAAAGCUGGCUGAUCAUGGCAAGAAAAUGUUUCUCAUCACAAACAGUCCCAGCAGCUUUGUGGACAAAGGGAUGAAGUACAUAGUUGGCAAGGACUGGAGGGAUCUCUUUGAUGUGGUCAUUGUGCAGGCUGAGAAGCCACACUUUUUCAAUGAUAAGCGAAGACCAUUUCGAAAGGUGAAUGAAAGGGGAGUGUUGCUUUGGGACAAAAUUCACAAGCUGCAGAAAGGUCAAAUUUACAAACAGGGUAACUUGUAUGAAUUUCUGAAGCUUACUGGCUGGAGGGGCUCUAAGGUUCUCUACUUUGGUGAUCACAUUUACAGUGACUUGGCAGAUUUGACCCUGAAGCAUGGCUGGCGGACUGGUGCAAUUAUUCCAGAGUUACGGUCAGAGAUUAAGAUCAUGAACACAGAGAAAUACAUUCAAACCAUGACCUGGCUGCAAACCUUGACAGGAUUACUGGAACACAUGCAGGUUUACCGUGAUCCUGAUUCACAAAUGAUUUUAGAAGAAUGGAAAAAGGAAAGAAAGGAAAUGAGAGAGAUGAACAGAAAUUUCUUCAAUGCACGGUUUGGAAGCUUAUUCAGAACUGAUGAGAAUCCAACUUACUUCCUAAGACGCCUCUCUCGAUUUGCAGAUAUCUACAUGGCAUCAUUGAGUUGUCUCUUGAACUAUGAGCCUGAUUACACAUUUUAUCCAAGAAGGACUCCUUUGCAGCAUGAACUUUCUGGCUGGUCAGACCAGCUGUGCAGUGGUACAUUCAGAAUACCUUCCCUACAAGAGACACUUCAGAUGAAAUAAACCCUUGGCUUGUUCUCUCUAAAUGGGCAAUUUUAUUUUUUUUUUGAAUGUACAUGUAUGUUAUUUAAGUCACUUAAAAUCUGUUAUCUUGAUUUAAAUGUAAUUCAUACUUGUUCUGGUAAGCGUUUUACCUAUUUUCUUCUUUCUUGCUCGGAGAUGUGAAAACUCCUACACACAGGAGAGAGAGAUGAUGGACUACCAAAAGAGUGGGCUAGGAGGGAGGGCAAAUUUGAGAGGAAGGAUUGGUGGUGUUCUAAGGAUGAUUGGUUAAGUCUGUUCGUUGGAAAUUCUGAUCUGCUGCCUUGUGGUUUGCAAAGAAAUACUUAUCCUCUCAGUUCUGGCCCUGUUCAGAACUUCAGCUGGAGCCCAUAACAGAUCUUGGCACUGAAAAGCUUAAAUCCAGUAUUAGUAUUUCAGUGAUGACACAGUUUGUGACCAGUUUCUGGUGAGACUGACAGGGAUGGCAAAUGCCUUUUCACUUUCUUUGGUGCCACAGCUAGAGACUGACCUGUACCUGAACCAGCUGCUGCAGUGCUGGCUUGGCUCUGCCCCACUGCAGUGAUUACCCCACAGGCAGGCUCAGGCUGGUGUGCUUUUUUCCCUCCCUGUCCACUUUCUGGUCUUAGGUCUGUGCUUGAGCCUACAGCUGCAGGUGGCAGUAACUUGGGCUGCUUCAGCUUCCUUUUGUUAACUUUGAGGCACCUUCCUUUUCAAGUUUCAAAAGACUUUUAAGUAUCUGCUCUCUGAUAGUAAAGCGAUUUUUAAGAGCUUUUGCAUUUUCAGUUUCAAAGUGGAGACUGAUCUCUGUCAGGCUUCCAAUCGAUCCUACAUGCUGCUUUUUAAAAUUUUAACUGUGUCUUACAGUGGUAUGCAAUGUGGUUUUGCUGUUCCCUAGGAGAGAAUGUAUUUCUUACAGCCUUCAGUAAUGCACUCUACAUUCAAAGUAAGCAUGCAAAAUGGACGCUGACUUUGAAAGAAAAAUUAAUGACAACAAAAUUAGAGUACCCUGGCUUUUUAUUCUUUAACUCAAGCCCUGAAAGCCGAAUUGGGGGUGGCAGACAGUUUGCAUCAAGCAAAACAAUUUUGGUGGUGCAGGUGGCAAGUUCCACUGAAUUGCUGAAAUUUCAGGUAAUGUGAGAUUGGAGACGCUGGGUAGCAAUAUGCUCCAAAGAUUUGAGCUGAAAAUUGACUAUUUUUGCACAAGGAAAACAUCUUUUCAUGUUUUUCCGCAAACUGGCACUUUAUGGAACUGCUAUAUGUUGUUUUAAAAUAAGAAUGCUUUCCUUUCUCUGCAGCCAAAGAAAACAUUUUUUUAACUUAUGGUUCCCCACCCCAGACAUUUUAGAAGACAUAAUAUAAUGAAUAUUUUUCAAAUUUUAAUUAUUAAAGGCUCUGUUUUUAAAGGUGGUGUUUUUAAAAGCAUACAAUUAACAAAAUAUAUUCUAUUCAUUUUGGGAUAUCACUUGCCUUCCUACCAUGAUUUUCAGGUAAACAAACUUUUGGUGACUCAAGUUUUCUUGAUGGUUUUUUUCUUUCCCUUUCCUUUUUUCCCCUUAAAUCCUGUACUAUGUACAAGUACCUAUAUUGAAAUUCACUGCAGUAUCUUUCAUACUUUUAAAAGCAUGUUUGCAAACUAGAGGAUGUGUUAUGACCUAGCCUGCACAACUUCAUGCUUGAAGUCAGUCUGACAUCCUCAGAAGUGGUCAUAGAUGCUCGUGGUUUGCUUGUGCUCCUGUUUCAAACUGAAUGUCCAACACUAGUGAAGGCUGUGUAUUUGAACUGAUGACUUUACUUGAAAUGAGCAAGUUCAUCUGACAGUCCUGCUGUUUUGCUGGAAGAAAAAGAUAAAAGUUUUGCAGGAAGUCAGUUUGGCUUUAUCAGGAGAGCGGGCCUGUGUGAGAAGUAUUUAGUAUCAUUUGAUAAUGAAAUGUGGGGAUGGAAAUAUGCCCAAUUUGCCUUCAGUUCUUUAUCUUAAUGUUCAGCUAGAACUGAACUUGGUGUUAAAUGUGUGUAGCAACUCUCGUGCUCCAGGGAUUUCCAUCUACUGUUUAAAACUAUAAACAAGCCCAGGCAACUGUACGUUCUCCAUCUUACUAUUGGCAGAUAGUAAUAUUAUUAUUAAUAUUAUUAUUUAGUUCUGCAUUAUUGAAUUUGUUCAUGUUUUGUUGGUUAUAACUGUGAUGUUUUUUUCUUUUAAAGCUGGCUAGGUGUCAGUUUUCCUAAUUUUCCUGCAUUAAGCAGGAGCAGUUUAAAUGGAUCGGAUGAUGUUAUCCACAGAAUACACUUUUUGUUUCCAGAUAUUAUUUCCUCUCUGCCUUCCUUUUUCUUAACUUACAAAGCAAACUUGUGUGCAAAGCUAUCUUACAAUGGCCAGCUGAAGUAAAGUCUUGUUUAUAUUGCAUGACUUCUCAAAAUAAACAGCACUGCAUGAAGAAAAAAAAAAUUAAAGGAAGGUUAUUAUGUUCCUUUAAAACAACUCACCUACAUAUCAUAGGAAUUUAAAUGAGAGUUUUAAAGUGUAUUAUUUAUUUUUCAGUGCUAGAAUACUCUUCCAUGACUUCUAAAAAUGUCUUGCAUUUUUGUAGUGAUUUCACCUUGGCACUGUCUGUAUUACUUAUUUUAACUUUGUUAUGUUACUGACUUCAAAGAGGCUUUUGAGCAUGUUUAAAGGACAGUGUUUCAUUAUAUUAAUUUUGGGAGUAUAGAUCUUUUGAACACCAAAGCAAGAAGUUUUCAUUCUGUUCUAUCAAAACCACAGAAGAGUAUGGUCUGUCACUGAAAGAAGAGUUUAAUGAACUGUUAAACUUUUUUGUGAUAAAAAUAUUUAAUGAUUAUUAUAAAAAUAAAUGCUUAGACUUUA